AUGACCGGCAAUCCAUCUAAGAGACUUGCCUGGAGUGACUCAAGUGCAUUUGACUCAAAGCACAGACAAGAUCCUGAAGAUUUCCAUGAGACUCACAAGAUGAAAUCAAAAGAGAAGGAAAGGAGACAGGCAGUCAGUCAGUGGGACAUGGAUGUACAACCCCUUGUUUCGUCUUCAAAAUGGCUCCAACUUCAUGGACUCAAAAGAAACAAAUUGUCCCUAUCUCAGAUUUUGUCACAGAUCGGAUUCCAGCACAGGAAAGAUUAUGUGAGCACCUUGGGGAAACUUGUGGCUUCUCGGUAUGCAGAUGGUCUGUUCCCUCAAUACAAGAGAGUACAAGAUGGCAGUGUCUACAAUCUGACAGCCAAAAAAGAACUGAUUCUUCAUUUUGUGGAUUGUCUAAUGGGAGCUAUUGAGCUAUAUAAGCAGCGAAUGGAAUGGUUAACCAGUGAGAGCCGGCAGAUAUUUGGAGUGAUUCAAGAACGGUGCAUUGUCAUUGUUUUGGAUUUUGGCACUGUGAUUCCAGCUGAAUUUGAUCUGUGUCGGGAUGCACUUUCUAUGGUACUUGAGGAACAGGUGACCCAAAUUGCCAGAUUCAACCUCAUACGAUCUGCUCAGGAUCUUAUAAAGUGGCAACAGAAAUCUACUCCUGUGUCUGAGCAUACUGUAAAGUCUGCUGUUACGUGGCUCUGGAAGCUGGACCAUAUGACAGCUGCCAGCCAUACCAAGUCUGCUGAGGCCCUGCUGGAAGCCAUGAGUGAUGAGACGGUAGAAGCUGUUUAUUACUUUGCUGUGGGUGAUGUUCCAGCGGAAACAAAGCAGCUACUCCUUGAGACGGUUACUGAUGGUCCCUGUCCAGUCAACACUGUAUCUUUCAAUGCUAGGGAAGAUGAAACUAUUAUUUUUCUGAAAGAGUUGAGCCGCUUGGCCUCUGGCAGAUUCCAUGCUUUUGUUGAGAAUGGCUAUAGAGAUGCUACUGGACCUGCACUAAAAUGUGAUCAGGAUGGAAAAGGUCUAAUUGCCCUGAAUUCCAGAAAAGUGAAAGGACGAAUGCCACUGGUAGCUGGUGUCCGUGAAGAUGUCUUUUUGAUCUGGAAUGAGUUGGAGGAGGCCAGGAGUACUGUGAGACAAGUUCAGAAAAUUUUAUCAGAAUCUGACCAGCCUGCUUCUCAAGAUGUGACCAAAGCAGAUCAUCCAUUAGAAAAGCAUACAUAUGACAAAUAUUUGACCUCUGAGAAGUGGUUGCAGAAGUAUGGCCUGAAAGCUCAGAAGCUCACACUGUAUGAUGCACUUGCUGAUUGUACUUUUCGUCAUGCAGAUGGAAUUGUGGACAUAAAAACUAAACCAGAGGAUGAAUCUUCACAAACUGAUGCUGAGACAAAGAGGAAGAUAAUUCAUGCAAAAUACUGUGACAAGUUUGUACAUGCUUUCUGGAAAGAUGGAUCUAUAGUUCAUGUACAUGUUAGUACAGAAAAGUGUAAGCAGUACCAAGAGAAAAUGAAGACUGCUCUCACACAAAUGCAAGGCAGGAUUAAGUGGCUUCAAGAAGGAAGCAGAGGCCUCUUUGGGAACGUGUUUGAAGAUGAUGUCUAUAUACUUAUUGAUACCUCCCAAUCUAUGAAGGACAAGCUGCCACUGGUGAAGGAGAAAAUAUUUCAGCUCAUGCAGGAACAACUGAGACACAAAAAGAGAUUUAACUUUGUGAAAUUUAGUGCCCAAGCAGUUGCGUGGCAAGAGAAACUUGCUGAAGUUAAUGAGGAAAACUUUCAAGAUGCUUGUCUAUGGAUAAAAGGGCUUGAGGUUGGUAGUUCCACAAAUACACUCAAAGCUCUUCAGAUUGCUCUUGCUGAUACUGACACUCAAGCUAUUUAUCUCUUGACUGAUGGGAGACCUGACCAGCCCCCACAAAUAAUUUUGUCUCAAGUCCAGCUUCAUUGUAAAAUUCCCAUCCAUACUGUAUCCUUCAACUGUGAUGAUAGAGAAGCUAAUAAAUUUUUGUAUGAACUGUCUACUCGAACAGAGGGACGCUUUCAUUAUUACAACAUUUCUCUGAUGGAUCCUGACGCUGCAGAGUUUGUUGCUAGUGAAGAUAUACGUCUUUUGAAAAAAGAGAUUGAACAAGGAGAAAGAGACCUAGAGAGAGUGAAGACCUUUCAUGACCAAUGCCUGAUGAUGGAUUGUCAUAAUGGAGAAAAUGAUCGAGAGCAGAACAGCAGGUGGUGUUGUGCCUCAGAAGAGCCAGCACCGACACCACAACAGCACAUUUGGCAAACCACUGCUGACAGUCCAGCCCGAAGGAAGAAGGCAUUAUAUGCAGAGCAAACAAAGACAAGUCUGCUGCGAAUCCUGAGCCAUAGUGUGAAAUCUAGGGAAGAAAGCCCAGAGGAUGGAACAUCUCCUGAAAAAUCUCUCUUGAAUUUUUCUGUCAAAAGGAGUGUGAAAUGUACAACUACUUCCAAAGGCAAGUUGGCAGAACAGGAAGCUCUAGGUGGGGCAGAUGAUAAAGUUUCUCUUGCUGUGUUUGUAACUGUGAAAAAGACAUCUAAAAGUUCUCUAGAUAUGUCUUCAGCUCUUUGGUUAAAGACCCAUGGCUUGGUUGCUAAGCGACUCACCAUCAUGGAUGCCUUAGCUCCUACAACUGUCCCUCGUAGUACCAAGUACAUCCCAGUUCUGGACAAGCAUGUAGUUUCUAAAGUAUUUGAUGAGAUGUUUCGACUGGCCCACGUUAGUAACAACAAGAAAUGGAUCACACUAAUUAAUCCUCAGGCGGUGAAUCUUGAUGCCUAUAAAGAGAAGCUGGAACAAGCAAUUAAAUCCUAUGAAAGGCGUCUAAACCUAGUUGUUUGGAGGGCACUGUCUCAGGAGGAGAGAGACAAAUUUCAAGAGGAUGGGCCAGUCCAAUACAUGCAACAUAAGGAAGCUUUGCUGGAGUCUUUAGAGAAUUUGGGAUGGCCAAUUUCCUAUGAAGAUAUAAUGUUGUUAGAAGAUGAGAUACUGACAGCAUUAACAUAUAUACAGCAAGCAUCUGAUCUUCAGGAAGCUGUCAAAAAGGAAACUCAGAAAAGCUCAGAAUCACACAUAGGCAGCAAUAAAAAGAGAUUUGAAGAAGAAACAGUAAAGUCAAAGUCUAAAAAAACCAAAAAAGGCCAAGUAUUUGUGACUCACAAAAGCCAAAAGGUGAUUGCAAGAUCGGAUGUCACAGGAUUUUAUUAUCCAGGAACUGUGAUAAAGAAUAUCAGUUCUACCCAUGUACAUGUUGACUUCAGCAAUGGGGAAGCCUGGACUGUACCUCUGAAGUUUGCUAUACCUGUGGGAGGUGCUAUGCCAUGCCCACAUCUGCAGGUUGGAGACUAUGUGUUUGCCAGAACUAGGACACAGACAGAAAAUGAGUAUUACGUGCCGGCCAUUGUCAUAGCAGCACCAAAGAGAGUGGAAACAAGUGACAAACUCUACACAGUUCUAAUGUUCAACAACAGGAAGGAACACUGUGUAAGAAGUGGGCUUAUUAAAAUCAGCCAAGCAAAGUAUGCCUUUUCCUGUCAGUACAUAAGAAUGGUGCAGAUGGGGGAUUAUAUGGUCCUGGACAAAGAGACCACAAAGCCCUAUUUUCACUCAUUUGUGGAAGAUGAAGGAGGAGAAGAAGCAAAGAAAAGUACUGUGAAAGAAGAGAGAGGGAAAAAGAAAAAAAAGAGGACAGGGGUAGAAAAAAGACAUCCUAGGGAGAGGAUAUUGGACUCUGAUGAUUAGUUUCUCUCCAGAAGUGAAGUAAAACAGAGAGGGAGAAAUUCAUUGCCUGACAAUGACGAAGUUGGAGGUAAAGAUGGAGCUCUGGAAGAUUAUAAAUCUUAG